CCUCCCACUCUUACACGUCACUCCCAUCACUCGAAAUUGACAUGUCCCCUUCAUAAAUAAAACAAUCACGGAAUUAUGAAUGAUUGAGUGUACGUGUCCGUUAAUGUAUUUAAAAAAAUAAUUAGUAAAAGUGUAAUAGAGGGGAAAUUGUUAGUAAGAAAAAAUAUAGGAGUUAUGGACGUGCGACAGAAGUUCCGCUCGGACUAUUUUCAUCGGCUGAUAUGGAGAUUUAUCAUUGCUGACAGCGAAUUAAGGUCGGUUCUGCAAGUGGGACGACAGUGUGGUUUUGUUACAUUUUUCAUGGGCGUUCUGAUUCUCGUCACGUUGGCUUGUUCAGUGAUGAGUACAAAGAUCACCCAGUCGAAUGAAAUGUUGUGUCUUUCGCUGCAGAAUCAAGCAAACGAGAAAUUUCCGAGGAAGCGCAGUAUUUUGAGGGUGAAGCCAGCAUACAAUUGCAUUCACCAACACCUGCAGAAGACCUUCGUAAGUCUGGAAAAAAUGAAGCAAACUGCGCACAAAGAGUCACUGGAGAUCGACAUGAUGAGGAGUAAAAUAUCCUGCAUCAUGAAACUGAUGAGUUGAAUGGGAUUAUCGUGGAGUAAAUGGAAUAGAUGGAUUUAUAGAAUUUCCUCGGUGAUAUUCAUCAGUUAAUCCCUAUUCAUCAAAUCUUCGAAUUUCAUCAUUCACUCGGAACUGCUGGAGAAGCUGAUGAAUCAAGGAGUUAUGCUCACUAGAUUUGACGGGACCUCUCUUUGAAUCAAUUCAAUUUCAGGCAUUUUAUAUGCGGAGGGCAUUCAUAAAUUAUCCUGAUGCUUGUUACAAUCAAUUUUUUUAGAGAAAUUUAUUGCAGUGAGUGGCGCUAUAUCUCGAGAAUUUCGAGAUAUCUCGAGAUCGAUUUCCUCUCUCUUUUUUGUG